AUGCCGCCCAAGGGAGUCCGCAAAACAGCACCGGGCAGCGCACAAAAAGGCAAAGCGCGCAAGACAGCCGCUGCGCCCGCUGCCGCACCAGCAGCUGAUGGAGAUGGAACACCAACCAAAGCACGCAAGACGAAUGCAGGGAAUCAAUCAAAAAUCGCUAAGACAACCGCUAACGUCCAACCUGGAGAUCCAACCCCCACAGGCCGCCGCCGCCGCUACAAGCCCGGCACCGUGGCUUUGAAAGAAAUCCGCCGCUACCAACGCUCCUACGACCUUCUCAUCGCUAAACUGCCCUUUGCGCGCUUAGUCCGCGAAGUCGCGCUCGAUCUCCUCCCCGCCGAGGUCGGCGCCGAGUUGCGCUGGCAGUCAUUCGCUAUCCAAGCUCUGCAGGAGGCUGCUGAGGCCUUCCUCGUCCAUCUCUUCGAGGAUACGAAUCUAUGCGCCUUACACGCGAAGCGCGUUACUAUUAUGCAAAAAGAUAUCCAACUUGCGCGAAGGAUUCGCGGCGUCUGGGCAGGGCUUGGUUGA